UUUUUAGCCAGCCUGACACCUACCCUGUGGACAACCCCCUCCUCACAGCUGAGGAUUCGCAUGGCGGCACAGUAUCUCCAGGGUGGGGCUGGAUCUACAGACUGUUUUGGACUAAAAACUACCCUACAAACUCUACAUACCAAACUGUAAACAACACCAAACAAUGGACCGGAAGUUGAAUCUGAACCGAGCCGAGACGUUCUCCUUUAUCAACCCUUGGAUCAGAUACUUUCUCUUCUUCUUCAGCUUCCUAUUUUGGGUUUUCUCACUGUUGAUUGUUGCAAUUGGAGUCUAUGCCAAAGUCCAGAAAGCCACAGACACGGUACGCGACACGUUCCUGAUCGACCCGGCUGUCAUCCUAAUCGUUGUGGGGGUGGUCAUGUUCUUCAUCACUUUCUGCGGUUGCAUCGGCGCUCUCAGAGAGAACAUUCGCCUUCUCAAGACAUUCUCCCUCAGCCUGACGCUCGUCUUCCUCACUCAGUUGGCCAUUGCAAUCUUGGGCUUCUUCUACUCAGACCAGACACGGGACGCUUUGGGAAAGUUCGUAAAGAAAGCCAUUGUGCACUACAGAGAUGACCUGGAUCUGCAGAACCUGAUGGAUUACAUCCAAAAAGAGUUCAAAUGUUGUGGAUGGAAUAACUACACAGAUUGGUCCUGGAACCUAUACUUUAAUUGCACACAUGAGAACCCAAGCUCGGAGCGCUGUGCUGUACCUUACUCCUGCUGCACACCUGUUCCUGGAGAGGUAGUUGUCAACACUAUGUGCGGUUUUGGAGUGCAAACCCAGAACUACUUGGAUGCGAAUAAGUCCAUCUACCCUGUAGGCUGUGCAGACAGGGCAGUGAUGUGGAUCGAGUCUCAUCUGCUGCUGGUGGGAGCGCUCACCUUGGGUCUGGCUUUGCCUCAAAUUGCAGGCAUCGUGCUGUCCCAGAUCCUGAUCUCUCAGAUCCAAGAUGAGAUUACCUCAGUGUUGUGAGAACAGGGCGACUCAGAGGGAAGAGGAGAACUUACAGAGCGCUACUCAAUUCCUCUGACAUGUGCAAGGACAUCUUUUCUGCUGCUACUGUAUCACUGCGAUGUUUCAGUGCAUUUCUUUUUCUGUGCUGUACAUAACGGGGGUGCAAUUUAUUGUACAGUAUUACUCAGUCAUUACAUGCCAAGUACAAAAUGUAUAUUUAUUGGUUUUGAGCAUGGUUUUUAUAUUGAUUCGAAACAUGAACAUUUUAUCUCUGAAAGUAUUUAUAUUUAAAUGUGAUGUUUGCUAAUAAAAUCCAGUUAACGAUCUUCUGUUUGUCAUGAGAGGAUGGAACGAUUAGCUCUGUUAUUUUUGUGGCAAAAA